AUGGCGGUGGCGGUGAACAAGGACCUCACGGUGCAGGUUUUGGCUGAUUCCAACGCCCUGAAGCUCAUGGACAGUAAACAGGCUCUGAGGACAGCGGUGCAGAGAGGAGAGAGCAAGAGUCUGGGGGUGAGCCAGCUGAUGUUGGGGCUCCUCGUCAUGAUGUACUCCAUCCCUCUGCACCUCACGGAGCACACGGAGGUGGUCCUGACGGGGGUGCCGUGGUGGAGCGGCCUCACGUUCGUCAUCGCUGGAUCUGUGGCAAUACUGUUGGACAAAUACUGCACCAUGAAAAAUCUCCACGCCUGCUUAGCCACCAGCUCCCUGUCCGCGGUGCUGUCCAUCAUGGCGGUCAUCAUUUACUCGGUGGACAUCGAGAAGAACCCAGAGAGUCCCUGCCCCGGACAGGACUGCGACGACCUGCACUACGUCACCAAGCUGAGUAAAGGAGUAAAGUGUGCUCUCUUGCUCUUCACUCUGGCUCAGACUGUGAUCUCUGUGGUUCUGUGGCUCCUGCUCUACAGACAGAGACGCAGCCUCCAGGUCUACAACGUAAGACCCUCACCCACCCUCACCCAUCCUCACCCAUCCUCACCCACCCUCACCCUCCCUCACCCCUCCUCAUCCAUCCUCACCCAUCCUCACCCAUCCUCACCCAUCCUCACCCAUCCUCACCCUCCCUCACCCACCCUCACCCACCCUCACCCAUCCUCACCCUCCCUCGCCCAUCCUCACCCAUCCUCACCCCCUCACCCAUCCUCACCCAUCCUCACCCUCCCUCACCCAUCCUCACCCAUCCUCACCCCUCCUCCACCCAUCCUCACCCUCCCUCACCCACCCUCACCCAUCCUCACCCCCUCACCCCUCCUCACCCAUCCUCACCCACCCUCACCCCUCCUCACCCAUCCUCACCCACCCUCACCCCCUCACCCCUCCUCACCCAUCCUCACCCACCCUCACCCCCUCACCCCUCCUCACCCAUCCUCACCCAUCAUCACCCAUCCUCACCCAUCCUCACCCUCCCUCACCCAUCCUCACCCUCCCUCACCCAUCCUCACCCAUCCUCAGCCUCUGCACCAGGACUCGGUCUCAGCUCAGGCCGUCAUCAGCGAAUGA